ACUCACUCAAGAAGUCUUCUUGUGCUGUGGAAAUGACAAGUUUUCUUUAUCAGAUUUCUUUCUGAAUCUGGGGGGUGUUAGGUGUAGAUGCAUAAAGUUGCCGGAUUUUCCACCUUUACCUUUGUGUUUUAGGGUUUCAAUGGCGUUCUUUUAGUGGAAACAAAUUUUGGGCAAAAAAAACACUGGGAAAUUCUUAACUUGGUAUUUGAAUUUUUUGCUUCUGCAAUUCGUGGUUUUCAAAAAUGGGACAUUAUGCAGCAGUGUGGGAUCGUAAGGCAGCAACUGAGAUUACAAAGGAUUGUGAUGGGUUCUAUAAGGUUCUUCUCAAGAACCCUAGAGGUGCUUCAGCAAAGGUUAGCUUACAAGGAGGACAGGUCACUUCUUGGAGAAAUGAACAAGGAGAAGAACUUCUGUUUACUAGUAGCAAAGCGAUCUUUAAGCCUCCGAAAGCGGUGCGAGGAGGAAUACAUAUUUGCUUCCCACGGUUUGGUAAUUGCGGGUCACUCGAUCAACAUGGAUUUGCUAGGAGCAAGAUUUGGACGAUCGAUGACAAUCCUCCACCUCUCAAUCUGAAUGAUUCCCAUGGUGAAUCCUUCAUCAACCUAUUGCUUAAACCAUCCGACGAAGAUCUCAAGUGCUGGCCCCACAGUUUUGAGUUUCGAUUGAGAGUGUCACUUGCAGCAGAUGGAAGUUUGUCAUUAACAUCACGGAUUAGGAAUUUCAAUGGGAAGCCAUUUAGUUUCUCUUUUGCGUAUCAUACAUACCUGUCGGUUUCCGACAUAAGCGAAGUGAGGAUAGAAGGGUUGGAGACGAUUGACUUCCUCGACAACCUUUGUCAGAAAGCACGUUUUACGGAGCAAGAAGAUGCUAUAACUUUCGAAUCCGAGGUAGAUCGAGUUUAUCUUAGUACUCCGAACAUAGUUGCUGUACUUGAUCAUGAAAGGAAACGGACGUAUGUCAUCCGAAAGGAGGGAGUACCUGAUGCAGUGGUGUGGAAUCCGUGGGAGAAGAAAUCAAAAGCAAUGGUAGAUUUCGGAGACGAGGAGUACAAGCAGAUGGUAUGCGUUGACGGAGCAGCGAUCGAGAAACCCGUGACGUUGAAACCGGGCGAGGAGUGGACAGGGAAGCUGGAACUGUCGGUUGUAGCAUCAACUUUCUGUAGCGAGUAUUUUGAUCUCCAGAACAGUGGGUUUUGAUGAAUUGAGCCAUGUUAUUAUGGGUUUGUUUAGGACGGUUAGGGAAAGUUGAGCAAUGAAUCGAGUGAAACUCAUAAAUUAUCUUGUCUGAGAAG